CUCGCGUUUUGUCUUUCAAAAAUUGUGUCUUAAGUUUCCUCUCUGAAAAAAAAAAAAAAGGUUUAGAUCUUAUCAUCCAGUUGUACGUUCACACGUACAGUUCAUCUACAUAUAAGAGAAGACUUGAAAGGUCCUUGUUCCUCCUCUCCUCUUCUCUCCUCUCCUCCUCCUCCUCCGACAACAAUAAUCCUCAAUCGGAUAUGCUUUAUGCUUUGGAAUAUAUCAAGAGUCGAAUUGAAGAGCUGCGAAUUGCGUGAGUGAGAUUUCCGACUCAUGUUCAGUUAUCCCCUUGCAGCUCAAUGAUGAGUUAAGAUGAUCACAGCUACAAGAGAAAAAGAUUUCGAGGCGAAGGCCGAAGGCGACACCAACAACAACAAUAACAAGUUCCCCAAGGCACCAUCAAGCUCAAGGCAAUGGUCGGCAUUUAGAAACCCGAGAAUUGUACGCGUCUCUCGUGCCUUUGGAGGAAAAGACCGGCACAGCAAGGUUUGCACCGUGAGGGGCUUGAGAGACCGGCGGAUCAGGCUUUCGGUUCCCACAGCUAUUCAGGUAUAUGAUCUUCAGGAUAGGCUCGGUCUCAGCCAGCCGAGCAAGGUGGUAGACUGGUUGAUGGAAGCUACUAAGCUCGAUAUCGAUAAACUCCCACCUCUUCAGAUGCCCCCGGGGAAUUUCAGCCAGUUCCACCCGGCAACCCUAGUUUCUCAUGAUUUGAAUUCCCCUCAAUCUUCUUUCUCUCCCUUCUUUAGUCCGAAUCCAACGUACGCCAAGGAAGGGGUUAAGAUCAACUGUAACGCGGGAGACGAUCAAGAAAUGAUGGGGAAAUCAUUGAUGAAAGGCUGGGAAUUUGGAGGGAAGCUCAAGGAAGUUGAGAGGGAGACUACUAGUGUUGAGAAAACCAAGUGGAAUAUGAGAGCAAACGAAGAGCAAAAUCUCUCAGCCCAGAACUUCUUUCCCAUUGCCAGCAACUCCUCCAAUUCCUUCCCAAACUUGCUCAACAAUUCCAUGCCAUACAACUACUUCCAUUGGGAUCCUAAUUCCACUCUAUCCUUGUCUCAGUUUCCCUCCCAAACGGAAACCGCCAAUCCCGGUAACUUGAUGUCGAUACCAUCAUCGAUGGCGCCUUUCUCGUCUGGCUCUCAACUGUUUCUAUCUCCGCCCUUGGCAACACCGUCGAUUUUCCCUCCGUUUCCUCCCUAUGUUACCACUCUAGGAGAGGGCGAUACAAGGCAAAUUAACCACUUCCCACUGAUGAGCUCAAAUUCACAACACGUUGUUCCGAACUCACUCGUUUCGUCCCUCAAUUCUUUUAGUUCUCCGAUGAGUUCUACCUCCAAAGUCGAUCUUCAUUCGCAGAUCGAACAAUCAAAGGCUACCCAAUAAAGGAUGCACCGGUUAUAUAAUUCUCGAACAAUACCAAUUGAGCCCUCCUUGCAUGAGCAGACAAGCUUUUCAUGGGGAAGAUCAUGGUCAAGAUAUUGUUCGAUACCUAGCUAGCUGCAGUUGUGAGUGACAUUUUCUGAACGAAUCAGACGAGGAGAACUCAAAAUCGCGCUCUGGGAUAUCCCUUGCUCGGCGGGUUCUUCAAGAGAGUAAGUGUGUUUGUUGUGUGUAAAUACGAUUAUAUGCAGCAAAUGAAACAUAAAUAUAUAAAAGCUUGUUACUGCAAAGUGAGAUAAAACUUAAUUAUACUGUAUGAUGAUAAUCUGCAUGCUUUGGUUUAUGUUUUUCUUCUUCUUGUCAUAGUAGUAGAAUAUUAUUGAGUGCAUUUUGCAGGAUUUAUGGUAAUGAGUUACAUUAUUAAUUUGUGAGUGGGUAAAAAUAUAAGUGGCCAUUAUUUGACAUUA